AUGACUUGCUGCGAAGGCUUCACAUCCUGCAAUGGAUUUAGCUUGAUGGUUCUGUUGCUGUUGGCAGUGGCUCUCAAUGCAGUACCACUAGUUAUUUACAAACUUCAAGAUGAUGAGGUGAUAUCUUGCUUUGAAUGGUGGUUGCCUGGAAUCCUAGGAGCAGGUGUGCUGGCCAUUCCUGCAACUACAAUGGCGUUGUCUGCAAGGAAAAGAAAAGGUUGCAACAACAGAUGUGGAAUGAUCCUGACAUCUUUUUUGAGCAUACUGACUAUUGGUGGUGCUUUGUAUUGUGUUUUGGUGUCUUUACUGGCUCUUUUUGAAGGACCUCUCUUUUGCAACUACAACUACAACAACAAAAACAUCACUAUAUCCAAUUGUACAUUUUCAAUGGAAACCUUAAGGCACAUUCACCAGCACAUGAAUGAGUCACUUACUCUACAGUGGUUUUACAGUACCUGUGAGUCUGAUCUCAACAAUUCUACCACCAUUAGCUCUGAAGAAAAGAAGCUUAAGAUUAUUCACCUUACAGUAUUUACUGGUUUAGUUUUGGUUGGGCUUCUUGAGAUUUUAUUCAGUAUCAGUCAGAUAGUGAUUGGGGUGCUUGGCUGCUGCUGUGGAGUUUCUAAGCAGAGAAACAGAAGAACAUGGUAA